UAGUGUGUCAUCGGUAUGGCUUGAUGUUGUUGAACGGUCACAAAAAUUCCUCACAUCCGUUGUUCUCAGCCAGGUUCCUGGAGGAUCAGGCGGGAGCAGCAUGACACGUGUGCCGCUGGGAGACCGACACAUGGCACUCUCUCUCCUGCUUCACCUGGCCCUACAGCGAGCUACUUUGUCAACUUUACUGACCGUCAUUACACUCCUACUGCAGCUGUGGGACUCGGGCAGAAAUCAGGUGGAUAACCGUGUCAGCAGCCAUGGAACCAGUGCUCCUCUUCUGCCUGUUCUUCAUAGGUUUGGGGCUAUUCCUCUCCUGAAGUCUCAGUCAUCCUCCAGUGCUGUUUUGGAUGAAAGUACUCCAAUAGAAGUGAGCCCAACAGACUGCCUCCUUCGAUACUUAGAAUUACCUGAAGAUGAGGAUGUGAGUGUGGACCUGGAACAAGCUGCAGUAAUCCUACUCUGUCAUUUGGAUCGUCUGGCAGCCCCCCACACUCCCCCACUUCAUACACCACAUGGCAGACCUACACAGGGCCAGGAGGUUUUAUCUUGGGGUUGGCUGGCCUGGUCUGGAGUGUCCAGCCAUUCUCGACCUCUCAACUACUGUGAUUCUUUAGCAGAGCUGGGUAUAAAGUCGGUGGCAUGUGCAGAACGCUGCCUCCUCAUACUAACUCAGAAGGGUACUAUGUAUAGCUUGUACUAUAACUCUGAGGCACCGUGUCCGCAGCUUGUGCCGGGCCAGCCGGAGGAGGAGAUUGUUAAGAUUGCGGCCCAUCCUGAUGGAAAGCACUACUUGGCUCUUACUGCUGCUGGUCAAGUAUACUCCUGGGGAAAUGGAGAUGGGGGUCGUCUCGGGCAUGGGGACAGUAGCUCUAGGGAAGAGCCAACUCUCAUACAGGAAUUACAAGGGAAAACAGUGGUGUCCAUUGCUUGUGGAUCAACCUACAGUGCAGCCAUUACCAGCCAAGGUGAACUGUAUACCUGGGGUCGAGGAAACUAUGGAAGGCUCGGCCAUGGGUCAUCUGAUGAUCAUAGCACUCCCACACUUGUCACAGCAUUGAAAGGUGAAAGAGUCCUUGAUGUUGCUUGUGGAAGUGGAGAUGCUCAGACUAUUGCUGUAACAGACUCGGGCAAUGUGUAUUCUUGGGGUGAUGGUGAUUAUGGAAAACUAGGACGUGGUGGAUCAGAUGGCUCAAAAGUUCCAAAACUAGUAGAUAAACUGCAAGGUCAGGAGGUGUGUCGAGUUUUCUGUGGUGCUCAGUUUUCUCUUGCACUUAGCAAAAAUGGGUCACUCUUUACUUGGGGAAAAGGUGACAACCAUCGUCUUGGCCACAACAGUGAAGAACAUGUACGGUAUCCGAAACAAGUAAAAGCUUUAGCUGGCAAGAAGGUUGGUGAAGUGGGUGUGGGAUGCAUGCAUGUAGUGACUUUGACAGAGGAUGGGGAAGUAUAUGUGUGGGGUCGCAAUGAUCAGGCUCAGCUAGGAGACUCGCCACACGUUGCUUUGGCAGAACCAACACCCAUGUCUUCUCUACAGGGCAAGAAUAUCAUUGGAAUUGCCUGUGGACCAUCUCAAACUUUUGCUUGGAGCACCAAAAUGUCAUGGUCAGUAUCCACACGAAUCCCAUAUGUAGUGGAAAUUUGUGAAGAAACUUUUGUUAGGCUAAAUGACCUCUUGGCACGCGUCGGAGAAGGACUAGUUGAUGAUCGUAUUCCAUCUCAAGAGCAGGAGUGUAUGGUAGUUUCAGGGCUGAAUCUACUGAGGUUACAGCUUCACUCUGCUGUACAGAACCACACCGAUGUUGACAGCAUUGGUUUACAUGUUGGCUCAUCACUCCUAGGCAGCCUGAAGCAGAGAGUCGUCAAUCUGGCCAGCAGUUCUGGAGUCUUGCCUACAAUACAGGUUGCUGCACAGGCCACUCUCCAGACGGGCUGGUCCAUUUUAUUACCUACUGCAGAAGAAAGAGCAAAAGCACUGUCCUCUCUCCUUCCGAGUACAGGAUCGGACAUCUCUAGUAUGAGCUCAGGCCGAAGAUUUAUGAUCGAUCUGCUGGUAUCAAGUCUGAUGGCUGACGGAGGCCUUGAAAUGGCUCUCAGUGCUGCUAUUAAGUUUGAAGUUCAAGAGGCUGAGUGGACUGAAAAGAAUAAAGUGGCCCAAAGUAGUACCAUCAGCAGCAGUAACAGUGUUGCUGCGGGCUCCAAUGUAAGCCCGAGGAAGAACAUGAGGGCGGAGGCUGCCUCUUCCCGUCGCUCGUGUGACAACUCCAUGUCUGAUGACCAGUCGGCAACUCUGCCACUUCUGCAUCUAGUUCGCCAACUGUUGAGAAAUGCCUCCACUCAAACACUGAUGAGAUUACAGGCUAUUGCCCCAGAUAGUAUGUCUAUGAUAUCGUCGGCUGUGCUGCUUGAUGGACAUGGUGAAAGGAAUGGCGCCUUGGUUGGUGCCGCUUCAGGAAUCCAAGGGGAACUAUCCCCUUCAAUUCAGUUGCUCUUGAGAUUUCAAAGAUUGUUAGUGAGCCAACUGUUUCCUGUGGAGAGCAAUGUUAGUCCAAAACACAUUAUGCAAGAGAGUGAAGUUGAGGGAGCAGGGUGGCUACUAAGGAAGUACUUAUCUCUUCUUGUUGGCCAUGUCUCGGAUACUCUCUCCAUCGCUACCUCGCUGGCCACCAUCAAUACUCGCCUCACAGCUCUUACCUGCACCAUCUUGCAAAGAGACAUAACAGGUCUACUUCUGAGUGAACUCUUCAUAUCUCUGCUUGUUGUGUCUGUUCACAAUCCAAAUGUUGUCCUCUCUUGUGACCUCAUCUCUCCACUGUUGAGCCUUUUGGAACCACUUGACCGCUUCAAUCAACUUGCUCCGGGUGCCGACAGAGAAGAUACGGAAGAUAUGGCUUGGCCUGGAAUUAUUGUUAAUGCAAUUAAACAAACAGAGGAAAUGCCAGUAAUCCGUAAAGCUGAUUUAGAAAAUCACAACAAAGAUGGAGGCUUAUGGAUUGUGGUUAAUGGAAAAGUGUAUGAUGUUCAGGAAUUUAGGUCAACAGCCCCAUGUGGUAGUGACAUCUUGCAGUACUAUGCUGGCCAGGAUGCCACUCAGGUCUGGGAAAUGGCUAACCAUUCUACCCGGGCCAAGGAAAUGAUGGCUAGUUAUUUUGUUGGGAACUAUAUGGACCCUGAGCUGGAAGUGGUACAGGUCUUGGAUGCAAGUACCCUUUCAUCCCCACUGGUAGACACUGAACGGGCUCUGGCCAUGUUGGUAGGAGCCUAUGCCAGCUGUCUUGCACGUGGUCAGCCGGCAACACCUUGGGAAUUAGGACAUGAAAAAUGGAUUUCUGCUGAGUUUAUGAGAGCUGGGUGUCAGACUGUUCAGCCACCUGACCCAUAUGAUGAGGAGAAAGGUGAAGCAAGAACCGGUUCAUCUGCCACCACUCCUGGUUCUGCUACAACUCCAGGAGAUGUGAGACUUCCACGUCCAAUAGACCCACUAUCACACAAGAAAGCGAGAUCACAAGGACCAAAUUCAAGUCCUCAGGUGGAAAUAGAUUCUUACUUUUCAAAUAUGGCUGAUUUUUUCCUGUCAGCCCUGAUGGAAGGAAAAACACAGGAUCCAUAUGUACAAAUGUUCCUCUCGGUUUGUGAUCGAGAAAUACGCCAUUUGGGGCGCCACUCGAUGCAUACAAACUUUUCUCUGGAUCACCCCAUAGAAGAAGCUGGUCGUCUCAUGUCUGCAACACUCUUGCGGCACACACAUCUCACGCCUCAGCUUAUUGAAGUUCUUGAGCAAGGUCUAGCAUUGAGUGCUGAUGAUAGUCAUGGCUGGGAAGCAACCUUAGAAUUGCCUCGAGGCUUGCAAGAGCUUAUCCGCCAUGUCCACAACACCAAGUGGCUAUUGAUCAGGAGGAGGCAGGAACUGACUCGGUCUUACAAGGAGGUGUGUGCUCCGGUCAUGGAAAGAUGCAGAUUUGUUUUUUAUGAAGUACGCCCUGCUAGCUGUGGAGAUGUAGACGCCUUGGACAAGUUUGCUGUGCGUGGCGUGUCAAGGUGGAGGAAAGCCACUCAGUUACUUCGUCUUAGGUCUAAUGAUACUACAGCCACAAGCCAGGAAAAGGAUGGGCCCCAGGACACCAAAGAAGCAAGUGGUUCUGUUGAGGAUAUAAGCAUCAGCAGCAGCAGUAAUAGCAACUGUGAGGACAGAAUUAAUGCUCCUGACAGCUGUGAUGAUGUAAGAAGCGGUCGCUUAGACAAACAGGAAGACUUGUGUAAGGACAGUGAUCCGACCGAAUUAAGUCGCUUAUCUGAAGUUUCCAUGGAUGACAACAUGAAAGUAGAAGGGGAUGUAGAUGCAGUGGAGAAAGAACUAAAAAUAACUGCAGAUGCCAAAAAACAACAAGGAGAUGGGAAAAAAGCAUCUGUGAGUUUAAAUCUGAAAAGGUCUCCAUCACCAUCUGGAGCUGCAUAUUCUCCCUCGAGACCAUCUUCACUUCUAACUCCAACUGCUCCACCGCCAACAGCAAAAGUAAUAGAAAUAGCAACUAAAGUCAUCGAGUUUGUAUGUUCAGAAGAAACAAUUAAUAUUGAAGCAAUGCGGAAAGCCUUUUUCACUCAGAUGGACAGAGCAGAGAUGCGAUUGCGUGGUAUCGAGAUGUUCCUCGGCUUAGUUCAAAAGAGCAACUUCUUGCCAUCUGUUAGACUGACCCUUAUCAAUGGAUGGCUCGGCCUCUUGCCCUUUGCACCAAAAAAUACUCUGGUUCUUCCUGAUUGCCUGGAAAACAUUCCUUUAGUUCCUGUUUACCAACGAGCUGUGCUGAAGGCAUCAUGGGCAAAGGUCUGGGAAUGGGCUGUCGGUGAGCUGCGGGCUCAUGUACUGAAGGCUGAGCAAUUCUGUGUUGCUGCCCAUUCAUCAGGAAGGAUACUGAGGGGCAGAGACAAUCCUAGCUCCAAGGACUCAAACUUCAGUUGCCGUGAUCAUAACAUUUUAGCUUCCAUGCCACUUUCAAGGUUUGUUCUUGGUUUGGUAUGUUUAUCAACAAGAGCUCACUGUGGCGCGGAUCUGAGUCUACUAAUAUCAGGCGGUCUGUUAGCUUUAAUGCAGACACUUCUCAGACUUAUUGGUCCAUCGACUUCCACCUCAAGCAUCAGGAGUGAAGAUAAGGAGGAUAUUGUUGCAAUAUUUGAAGAAGCUGCAAAGAAGCCUCGUGUGCCUCCACCCCCACUCUCGGGACCAGAGCUUGCUGCAAUGAUGAAGGUGGGGACAAGAGUUGUUCGUGGUAUAGAUUGGAAAUGGGGUGAUCAGGAUGGCCCACUUCCUGGUGAGGGAACAGUGAUUGGCGAAUUAGGAGAAGAUGGCUGGAUUCGUGUUCAGUGGGAUAAUGGUUCAACUAAUUCAUAUCGCAUGGGCAAAGAGGGCAAGUAUGACUUGAAACUGGUGGAUUCUCCUCUUCCGCCAGCACCAGAGAGCGACUCGGACACAGAUGAAGAGGAAGCAUUGUGGUCCAUGCGGAAUCUUCUUCAAACACUUCGAUCACGACAUAUCUCCACACCUUCUGUGACAGAAUCAAGCUACAUACGCAAGCAUCCAAUCUUGGUUCUUCGUGAUUCUUGCUUGCAGCUGUUGAGAUCACUAACCAUAUCAACAGGCUUGACUGCUCAUAACAUGUCCCCCGCGAGUGCUCGUACAGUUGCUGCUCUGCUCCAUAGUAUUGUCCAGGCUGGUACAACUCAGUCUGAAGAUCGGGAUCAUCUCUUGGAGGAGCAGCAUCGGUCUUGGUGUACUCUGGGUUUGGUCCGGUCAAUAAGCUGUUCUCCCUUAUUGUGUAGGAACCUGGCCACACCCCCUUGGGUCAGUUUACUACUUAACCUAGCACAGACCUUCUUGGGACCAUCUUCUCUCUAUCGUCGGAUACUGGCUUUGCGGCUGCUGUCUUGUGUGUUACCGCACCGUAUUGACGACCUGGAAGACAGACAGAUACUGUUAGAUCGAAUAUUUUCCUUACUGGGCAACACCAUUCUCACGUGUGCGAAUGAUCCAGCUAUUAGUGCUACAAGCAAGAAGGCUCGUGGUACUUGCGUCGCCAUAACAUCAACUCACUCGAGUACUGUUGCGGAAGCUGUAGUCUCUCUAGUGCGGACUCUUCAUGCUCUUCCAGUCUGGAACAAUGUUAUUAAUGAUGCCAUAAUUGAUCGACUUGGCUUAGUGUCCCAGUUGUUAACUGAUCUCUCCCAGUUCCAGUUCAAGUUUGAUGAUUAUCGGCCAGGUAGCUUAGCUGGUCAAGCCACAGGUAUAGCUGCAUCCUUGGCCAUUAUUGGAGGUGUUGAUGCACGCCCCAGACUUGGUGGGGAUGUUGUUUUGGAGGGUGGAUUGGGCACAAUUGCUCGUAUAGGUCAACACAAAGUUUAUGUUCAGCCUCAUGAAGGUGGAAAUCUUCUCAGACUAAGUUUAUCGUCGGUAGUGCCAUCACCCACCAAACGUUUUGCUAUUGAUCGGUUAAGUGUAACUACAGCCUGUGUUCAAGUUUGGGUUUCUCUAGUGGCUCUGGCUGGGGAUUAUUCAAGAAGUUUUCAUAUUUCCAGCCCAUUAGCACUUUCUCCUACAUUACUGAGAAUACAGCAGCUGCGCAUGUUGGUGAUGAAUGCAUGCCGAGCACUCCUGAAUCAUCAGUCUCUUCUGAGGCUGGUCCUUUUGCAGCCCACAACGGACAUCAGCAGCUCGACUAACAACCUUGAUUCAGUGGCGGAUGACACCAGCCAGAGUUUAGAGAUUCUUCUAAUUCAGAGGCUCAUCACUGCAUCUACACCUCCAUCACCUGUGAAGGCAUCAUACACAAGGGAGCAGUUAGAGACUGCAGCACUAGCUCUUUGUGAAAGCCUCACCGAAGAGAUAUCGCAGCCUAUUCCAGCCACACCCUGCUCCAAUGAUGAUAUCUCUACACCUCUUAGUGAACAUUCUAUAGGAUGCCCACCUUCACCUGUUAUUGCAAAUGAUAAUCCACCGACGCAGAUUCGUCCAACCCGUCCAGCACAAACCACGCGAGGAAAAAGGACACGCAAUGCUUCUCCAUCCCCUUUGGUCAGGCAGUUAAUGGAAAUGGGCUUUUCACGGAAGAGUGUGGAACAUGCAGUUAAGGCUCUAGGUGGUGUUGGAACUGAAGUAGCUCCAAGCCCCGAGUCAUUGGUUGUGUGGCUUAUUGAGCACGCUGACAUCACUUUAUCUGACACGGAUACUGCACAAGAUGUUUUGGAUUCAGAUGCAGAUUCAUUAACAGACGAGUUUAAUGAUGAUCCACCUGUAUUGGAGGCAUCUCCUAUUGUUGAAGUAUAUCGCAAACGAGUUGAGUUUACCAGCAAUGAUGAAUAUGCUAUGUAUGUGCGGGACCACAUAUCACCUGGUAUGAAUGUACGUUGCUGUCGCACAUAUGAAGAGGUUUAUGAAGGAGACAUUGGGCGGGUUGUGCGAGUUGAUAGAGGUUCUCUGCAUAAUCUCAAUGUUCAGGUUGACUGGCAUCGAAAAGGAGGAACAUAUUGGGUUCGCUACAUCCACAUUGAGCUCCUGGACCAGCCGCCACCCCCACUAGCUACCAAUGGUCCCAUUAGAGUCGGAGAUAAAGUAAGAGUGAAAAGUUCAGUGGUCACUCCAAAGUACAAGUGGGGCUCGGUUAAUCACCGCAACAUUGGAGUCGUUACAAGUGUGAGUAGUAAUGGCCAGGACCUGAUGGUCGACUUCCCGCAGCAGCCAAACUGGCAAGGUUUGGUCAGCGAGAUGGAGGUUGUGCCCUCGUGCCACCUGAGUGUUACCUGUGAUGGUUGUGGGAUCUCCCCUAUAACAGGAGCAAGAAUGAAAUGCAAGGUAUGUGAUAACUUUGACUAUUGUGAAGAAUGCUACCAGACUAAGAGAAGUCACCGUCAUCUCUUCAAUAGGAUUGCAGAGCCGGGUAGUCCAGCUGUCUAUGCUGGUCCUCCUGGUAGAGGCCGUUUCCGUAAGAAGGAAGGCAUCUUGGGAGGAGUUGAUGGCACGGUGGAAGAUUGGUACCGUUGUGUUCGUAAUCUUAGUGUGUCAUCCCGAGAAAAUUGGGCCCACAGGCUUAUUGAUGGCACUGGAAGUUACUGGCAGAGCUGUGGACAGGAAGGCAAGCACUGGAUACGUUUAGAGAUGCAACCCAACAUUGCAGUUGAAUGGCUGAGAUUGCUUGUAGAUCCUGCAGACAGUUCCUAUAUGCCAACCCUCUUAGUGAUCAGUGGAGGAGAUUCUCUGGCUAAGAUGCGGGAACUGAACACUGUCCGUAUCACUCCUUCAGACACUUGGGUUACUCUCCUUCGAAGUGCGAAGGAGCAGACCAGCCAGGGAGAUGCAGCGAUUGCAACAUGUCUGUCUUUAAUCUAUGUGAAGUAUAUAGAAAUUGGCAUAAAGCAGUGCAAAAGUGGUGGCAUAGACUGUCGUGUCCAUGGUCUAACAAUGAUGGGGAAGAUAGUGGAUGAUUUUGGUGAGCCAGCUUCGUCUGUCUCAUUCCUGGCCUCUGACAAUGAGGAUGUAGAGGAGGACAUUACAGACAUGUCUCGAAAAAGCCUCACGUCGGUUAUGAGCUUUGAUGGUGAACCAAAGGUUUUAGUUUGGGGUCUUAAUGACAAGGACCAGCUAGGAGGCCUCAAGGGGUCUAAAGUCAAAAUGCCAAUACUAUCAGAAACCUUGAGCAGUCUUCACCCUGUUAGUGUUGCUGGUGGAUCCAAGUCCCUCUUUAUUGUAUCACAGGAGGGUAAGGUUUAUGCAUGUGGUGAGGGUACAGGUGGAAGGCUGGGACUCGGCCACUGCAGUAAUAUACCAAUUCCACGACAGAUAACAGCUCUCAGUCAAUAUGUUGUGAAGAAAGUUGCUGUCCACUCUGGUGGCCGACACGCUAUGGCACUUACUGUAGAUGGCAAGAUCUUCUCGUGGGGUGAAGGAGAAGAUGGAAAACUAGGCCACGGAAGUCGCUUAAGCUAUGAUAAACCAAAACUUGUUGAAGUACUUAAGUCAAAGCGCAUCAGAGAUAUUGCCUGUGGCAGUUCCCACAGUGCAGCAAUUACUUCAAGUGGAGAGCUUUACUGCUGGGGCCUUGGAGAAUAUGGACGUUUAGGCCUCGGGGACACAACAACGCAGCUCAAGCCAAAAUUAGUAAAAGCUCUGCUGGGUCAAAGAGUUGUUCAGGUUGCGUGUGGAAGCCGUGAUGCUCAGACACUUGCACUGACUUCAGAAGGAAUGGUGUACUCUUGGGGUGAUGGUGACUUUGGAAAAUUAGGACGUGGUGGGUCAGAAGGAUGUGCAUUACCUCAAAAUAUUGAGAGACUCAAUGGUCUUGGUGUAUGCCAGAUUGAGUGUGGAGCACAGUUUUCUCUAACCCUUACAAAAAGUGGACAGGUGUGGACUUGGGGCAAGGGAGACUAUUUCCGACUGGGCCAUGGAACAGACCAGCACGUGCGGAGACCAACAAUGGUUGAAGGGUUGCGAGGCAAAAAAGUAAUUCACGUAGCUGUUGGAGCAUUACAUUGUCUGGCAGUGACCGAGGCAGGACAGGUGUAUGCAUGGGGUGAUAAUGACCACGGCCAACAAGGCAAUGGCACUACGAUAGUGAAUCGGCGUCCCGCUUUGGUGUGUGGACUGGAGGGCGUAAAAGUGGCACGUGUUGCAUGUGGAUCAUCUCAUAGUGUUGCAUGGACAGCUCCUGACCCACCUCUCCCGGCUGCUACAGAGCCGGUCAUGUUUACUACCACAAAAGACCCUCUUGGAGCUUAUGCAAUUGGAGUGACAGAUCCUCUUGGAGGAGAUGCAGGUGCCAGCUGCAGCCCGUCCAGUAAUGCAGGCGGGGUACCAGUGAAUCCUUCUCUGUCACGUGUGGUGUUAAUGCUCGAGUCAUCUGCUGCUAGACAAGCAGCACUCCAGCAUGUGCUCAAUGCCCUUCAAGUAAUGUUUGCGCGGGACUGUGUCAUUGCUGCUCUGGACUCUACAGUCUCUGCACUCAUUCACACGAAGGAUGAGUUUAAUGUUUGCGACUCUAUUCCAAAAGUUGGAGGGCUCCCAACUCCCGAGUCUAUGACUGAUGCCAUAGCAGAUUCUUCGUCCUCAUCCCUUUCUAGCCCCAAUGGAGGAGAAAUAGCCGAGGGUGGAGGAGAGGCCCCAGCUUCUGCUCUUGAUGCUGCUGCAGUACCCACAGCUCUGAGCUGUGGGACUAGUCCAGACAGUGAAGAAAGUGUGCUGCUUCAGUUGGCUUCAGUUCCCUCAACCGGGUCCUUGUCCUCUCGAGCAUCCCGCCUCUCGCAUUCUGCCAUGAGCAUUCUGGCUGCUACACUCACUACUAAAGCUGAUGUGGUGUCGGAAGAAGCAGAUGUUCCUGAAGACGACAUUGGUUCUAAUGGACUGGAUGAGUUCACACGAAGACUUACUGAAGACGAUGCACGAGUUCUGGUGGAUCUCCUGAAACUGGCUGUUGCUGGACGAGCUGGAGCCCGGGCUGCUCCUGCUAUCACAAAAGUCUUGAUAGGCUUGGCUCGAGAAAAUUCCAUUGUAUCUGGGAUGCUGACAGAGUUGUGUGUAACUGAACUUGAAGAUGCAGCAUCAGACACAGAAGCAAUGCGGUCAGUACCUCAACCAGUUGUACAGGAAAGCUCCCAUCCUUAUACAGAUGAUGUAACACUGACUGGGGCAGUCAAAAUUCUAGGUGCAGAGGCUCUGAGAGUUGAAUUUGAUCGUCAGUGUUCGACAGAAAGAAAGCAUGACCCGCUUACUAUUAUGGAUGGAGCAGGCAAAAUUAUCUGUACCCGAUCAGGAAGGGAAUGGUCUGACUGGUCCACUGAAGUUCGUAUUGCUGGUGAUGAAUUGAGAUGGAAGUUUACUAGUGAUGGCUCUGUGAAUGGGUGGGGUUGGCGCUUUACAGUCUUCCCUCUUAUGCCCUGUGCCACUCCACGGGACCUACACAGUGAUCGAAGGCUUCUGUCUCGGCCCUUAGUGGACCUGCCCAUGUGUCUUCUGGAUUCUCUUCUGCCAUUGUGUACCCAGACUGCCAUUCUGUCACGUUUAGCUGCAUCCCUGGCUUUGUGUGCCCAACUUUCAUCUUUAGCACCUAGUCAGCGCAUGUGGGCUCUCAAAACUCUUCGAAAGAUUGUCACCACUGAUUUGGGAUCUGGACUCAAUAUUAGAGCUCUUCUCUCAGCAUCUUAUUCCUCUAGUUCUACACCAGCUCCAUCUAGACCUAUAUCUCCCGUUCCUCAGUCCUCAUCAGUUCCCAGUGUUCCUACCUCAGCCCCACAGUCUCUUGCUCCUCCUGCUCCACCUUCAUUGCGAGGAAGCACAGAGAGCUUAGAAUCGUCGGGUAGUUUUGUGAAACCAUCAGUGGAGGUCAGAACUACUGAAAUGCCCCUUGUCAGCCUGCUGAAGGGACUGCCAGAAGCUCUUCUCCGCCAGUCUGAGUAUGAAGAUCCUCUAGUUCGAGGCGGAAAACAUUUGAUGCAUUCUCAGUUCUUCAAGGUAUUAGUUGGACUAGCUUGUGACCUGGAGUUGGAUAACGGCGUUGGUUCCGGUGAAGCGCACAAAUGGGCGUGGUUCAGACGGUACUGUGUUGCUUGCAGAGUACUAAGGUCUCUUAUUGAUCGAACUCCUCUGCCAUCUGGAUUUUGUGCUGAUGUACGCAAGAAACUUUGUGAAAUGCUUGGUGAAGGAGAAGUUCUGUCUCUAGAACAGGAAGACCACACUAUGUUUCUCCACCAACAUGAUGAACAACUGCUACUCUGGUUCAACAGACGUCCAGAAGACUGGACUUUGUCAUGGGGAGGAAGUGGUAGCAUCUAUGGCUGGGGACACAACCACCGCGGCCAGUUGGGUGGUGUAGAAGGGGCCAAAGUUAAACUACCUACUCCCUGUGAUACCCUGACUGCACUCAGACCCGUACAGCUCAUUGGUGGAGAACAAACUCUCUUUGCUGUUACGGCUGAUGGGAAGGUUUAUGCUACUGGGUAUGGAGCUGGUGGCCGACUUGGAAUUGGUGGAGUGGAAUCUGUCUCGACCCCCACUCUUCUAGAGUCAAUCCAGCACAUAAUUAUUCGUAAAGUUGCAGUCAACUCUGGAGGGAAACACUGCCUUGCUCUUACUGCAGAUGGUGAUGUUUACUCGUGGGGUGAGGGAGAUGAUGGAAAAUUAGGACAUGGAAAUAAAAGCCCCUAUGAUCGUCCGCGAUUAGUAGAGACACUUCAAGGUAAAGGAGUUGUGGAAAUAGCAUGUGGUGGAGCCCAUUCUGCUGCCAUUACAUCUUCUGGCGAGCUGUAUACCUGGGGCAAAGGUCGCUAUGGGAGACUUGGCCAUGGAGAUUCUGAAGACCAGUUUAGACCCAAGUUAGUGGAGGCUUUAGGUGGUUACAGAGUAGUAGAUGUGGCCUGUGGGUCUGGAGAUGCCCAGACCUUGUGCAUUUCUGAUGAUGACAAUGUCUGGUCUUGGGGCGAUGGCGACUAUGGCAAGUUAGGUCGUGGUGGCUCAGAUGGCUGCAAGGUUCCAAUGAGGAUUGAUGGACUGGCAAAUCAGGGCAUCAUGAAAGUUGAAUGUGGGUCACAAUUUUCUGUAGCUUUGGCACGUUCGGGCACAGUCUACACAUGGGGUAAAGGCGAUUACCAUCGUUUGGGGCAUGGCACAGAUGAUCAUGUCAGACGGCCACGCAAGGUUACAGCCUUGCAAGGCAAGAAGGUCAUCAGCAUUGCUACAGGCUCGCUGCAUUGUGUGUGCUGUACAAGCGAGGGUGAAGUAUACACGUGGGGAGAUAAUGAUGAAGGACAAUUGGGUGACAGUACUACAAAUGCCAUCCAGAGACCAAGAUUAGUAAUGGCUCUACAGGGUAAAAAAAUUAACCGAGUAGCAUGUGGUUCGGCACAUACACUGGCAUGGAGCACGAGUCGUGCCGUGAGCACUGGACGCCUCCCAUCUCAGGUGCCUAUGGAAUAUGACUUGUUGAAGGAGGUUCCAUUACAUGCAUUAAGGAACAGACUGGUACUUCUGCAUCAUUUCUCUGACUUGGUAUGUCAGAGUAUUUCAAUGUUUGACCUUUGCACACCACCGGAGGAAGAAGUAGAUGAACCAAUGGUAGCCAGAUUACGAGCAAUUAUUGUAUCAACAGCAAAAGAGACAGCAUUUAAAAAGGUUGUGCAAGCAACAAUGGUGAGAGACCGUCAACACGGACCUAUUGUGGAACUGAAUCGCAUCAGUGUUAAACGAUCGCGUUCUCGUGGUGGCUUAGCUGGUCCAGAUGGAAUGAAAUCUGUGUUUGGUCAGAUGGUGGCCAAAAUGUCAUUAUUGACACCCGAUGCCCUCUUCCUGCCUCAUCGUGUGUGGAAAGUCAAAUUUGUUGGUGAAAGUGUUGAUGACUGUGGUGGUGGCUAUAGUGAGAGUGUAGCAGAGAUGUGUGAUGAGCUUAUGAAUGGAUCACUGCCACUACUUAUCCCAACACCUAAUGGUAGGGAUGAAGCUGGAACCUCACGGGAUUGUUUCCUCUUGAACCCUCAAGCCAAUUCAUCUCACCAUUUGAAUAUGUUUACAUACCUUGGUGUGUUGAUGGGGAUAGCAAUAAGGACAGGUAGUCCCUUGAGUCUCAACUUGGCUGAGCCAGUCUGGAAACAGCUAGCUGGGAUGGCCUUGACUCCAGCCGACAUAACAGAAGUUGAUCGCCACUAUGUACCUGGAUUGAUGUGUGUUCAGCAAAUGGAAGGUGAUGACAAAACCUUUUCUAGCCUAGAUUUGCCCUUCACAACUACUUCAGCAGCUGGUCAUGAUGUCCAACUCUCUACUCGACACACUAGAAUUACACUGGCCACUAGACAUGAAUAUGUCCGCCUGGCUCUGAAUUACAGAUUGCAUGAAUUUGAUGCGCAAGUUUCAAGUGUGAGAGCAGGCAUGGCAAGGGUCAUACCUGUGCCUCUUCUUUCAUUGUUUACACCCUAUGAACUGGAGACAAUGGUUUGUGGAUCCCCAGACAUUCCUCUCAAUCUUCUCAAGAGUGUUGCUACCUACAAAGGUGUUGAGGCAACAGCGCCUUUAGUCCAGUGGUUCUGGGAGGUAAUGGAAGAAUUCAGUACUGCUGAACGAUCUCUAUUCCUUCGUUUUGUUUGGGGCAGAACACGUCUACCUCGCACCAUCGCUGAUUUUAGGGGACGUGAUUUUGUAUUCCAAGUUCUGGAUAAGUACACUCCACCAGAUCAUUUUCUGCCAGAAUCCUACACGUGUUUCUUCCUUCUAAAGAUGCCACGUUAUUCCUGCAAGGCUGUACUUCGAGAGAAAUUAAAAUACGCCAUUCAUUUCUGCAAGAGCAUAGACACUGAUGACUAUGCCAGAGUUGCUAUGACUGGUGCUGGAGUGGAAGAUAAUGUAUCGUCAGAAUCCGAGACUGACGACUGGGACUCCAUUGGCAGUGAUGAACCGAUGGCAGACUGUGUUUCUCUUUAUUCUACUUGAUUUGCAUGAUAAACAAGCCGAAUGAUAAUGUAAAGAGGACUACACAUCUCGGCUUAAUGUGAUAGUUAAAAUAUCAUACUAGGUACCACUGAAGGUGGAUUAUUUGAGUUUAAACUACAGUGACAUGGCAAGUAUCAUAAAUGGUUGCCACUCUUCCUUACAAUUUUUUUCUGACAAGUCAUUAAAGUUAAUGCUGUUGCUUUCACAUUUCUUUGCAAUAGGGAAAUAAUAGUUGGCAUUAUACAGUUUAUCAAGCAUUAAUAUUUUCAGUAAGAACAUUUUUGCUAGUCAGGUAACGAUUCAAUUUCUAUUCAUAAUUUUGCUUUAUACUCCUUAAUAAAACAGGCAACAUAGGGUUUUCUCACACUUGGGUAAAGCAUAUAGCAACAGCUUAAGCAUAUCUGCUUGUUACACAUUAUUUGUGAUAUUUGACUGUACAGUACUAGCAAAGUAACGAGUAAAUAUGCAUCACAAAUUUUGCAUUCUAGUCUUUUAAAAAUAUUGUCAUUUUUCUCUUUUCUAAUGCAGUGUUUAGAUUUAGUUAAUAUUAAAAUCAUGAAUUAUUUUCUUAUACAGGUAUAACUACAUAAGUAACCAUUUUAUAAUUAAAUAUUUAAUAUGACAGCAAUUUUGAUGUAAUCAAAGCAGAAACCAUUUUACUUAAGCCUUAGGUAUUGUCUAGGUUUUUUGUUUAUCAAAGUGGUUCAGUGUGUGUAUGCAUAAGUAUAAUACAUACAUAUGUACAUAGCAAAUUUUACAAAGGCACAUUGGCUUCUACAUAUUCCCUCAUAUUUUAUUAAUUGUAUGAAAGUUUGAAAAACAAAUACAUAGUAUUCAUUACAGCACUAACAAAAUUCAAGAUAUUUUUGUAAUCAUUCUGAUUUUGAGUUAAUAUUUUUUUUUCUUUAAUUAAUUGCACAUUGAUAUUGUCUCUGCACGUCAGUGUUGAUAUAAUAAAGAAGACAUCUUAAAGAUAAGCAGAUAUCUGCUUUUCUUGUAUAAGAUCCUUGUUUUAAUUAUUCAAGGAUGCACCGAUAAAUUGGUGUAAUUUUAGGAAUUAAUGUGUCAAAUGUAUAGCUACCAUUCUUUCAUGCUUCCUGAGAAAAUUCCCCAAUCCUUCCCUAAAACAUUUGUAAAUGUUCAAGCAGCAAUUUGUGCACUUAUAACUUUACCUGUUAAUUUUAUUGUUGUAAAUGUUAAUAAUAAAUAUUACAUCCAGAGUGGGAUGGUUGAUCA